AUGAAAUUUUCAAGGGCACUCCUGGCAACUGGAACCAUUCCUAAAGUCACUGUUCAGUACCAUGUUCAUACAGCAGAUGGCAGCUCUGAUGGUGCACAUGAAGACACUUAUAUAGCUGUGGCCAUUGAUGAAGAAUUGGGAAACUGCGAAUAUUCACUGUGUAAACCUUCCUGGCUCGUACCUUGGGGCCGAGCCGAUGGGUCACAAGUCAUGCAAAUACAGAUUUCAACAGAGGGACUUGGCAUGCUAUGGCAAAUUAAAAGCAAGACCCUGCAGGUUGGAAAUCAUGACACAAAGACAGAGCUAACUGCCCUUGCUUCCUUUGAGGUCGGACUGCUGGGGAAUCUUUCCAAUGUGGCAGCAGAGCUUGAUAGUGGUUGGAUGCAUGAGACACAGAAUAUGCAAGGCCAAUCACUUGUCCUGCUAACAAUUUUAGAUGGCGUUGCAAUGGCGUCUGUCUGUGAUGACACAAUGGGAAUUCCAGCAUCUCGAGUGACAGGUGCUGCAUCUUUAUACAACAAGCUUAUCCUCAAAACGAAUGCUGGUCUAUUUGAGCUGAAGGCAGAUUUCCAAAGGGAUGGCUCAAAGUUCAUCACGCAAUUCCCCGCUGCAAAUAUCUUGUCUAAAUGCAUUGCUGAGCUGGUCAUCUCGCCACAAUCUCUCAGCGUCGACAAAAUCGUCCUGGCAAUUGGGGCACCACCUCAUAGUGGGGAGGUAUACUUUGUAAAGGCAAACAAUGCAACAGGUCAACAUUAUGACUUUCAACCACUGGAAGAUAGUCGCGCAAGAAAAGUAUGUGAUGCUGUCAGCGGCAUGUAUGACACAUGCAGUGUCGUGUCUGGCAGCGUUAGUGCAGUGAAACCAUCAGCCAUCGUCCUGCUGGUCAAAGUCAAUGACACAUACAAGACUGUGGAGUUCUUUACCCUGAUGGAGGCAAGACUAUUUCAAUGCUGGAUGGUUACCAUGGAAAUUCCAACAUUGUCAUUCUGA